GCUGCCCACUUGCUGCGGUUGAGACCACGGAGGUGUCGGUGUGAGGCGGGCGGCAUGUGCGGAAGGGGCGGCGGGGCGGGACCGCUGCCGCGCUGAGGGGCGAGGAAAGAGCCGGAGAUGGUGGCGGCCACGGUGGCGGCCGGGGCCGGUGGGCCGCCGCUUCUGGCCGCCCUCCUCCUCCUCCCGCUGCUGUUGCCGCCGCCUCCUCACGCCGCAGAAGGGGCCGGCCUGGCGGAGAAGGUGAUCUGGGCCGUGAACGCGGGUGGCGAGGCCCAUCUAGAUGUCCACGGCAUUCACUUCCGCAAGGACCCGCUCGAGGGUCGGGUGGGACGAGCCUCCGACUAUGGCAUGAAGCUUCCGAUCUUGCGAUCCAAUCCAGAGGAUCAGAUUCUAUACCAGACAGAACGCUAUAAUGAGGAAACUUUUGGAUAUGAGGUUCCCAUCAAGGAGGAGGGUGAUUAUGUGCUCGUGUUGAAGUUUGCUGAAGUCUAUUUUGCACAGUCCCAGCAGAAGGUUUUUGAUGUGCGUGUGAAUGGGCAUGUGGUAGUGAAGGACCUGGACAUCUUCGACAGAGUUGGGCAUAGCACAGCCCAUGAUGAGGUUAUUCCUAUCAGCAUCAAGAAAGGGAAGCUGAGUGUUCAGGGAGAAGUUUCUACAUUCACAGGGAAGCUCAACAUAGAGUUUGUCAAGGGGUACUAUGAUAAUCCAAAAGUCUGUGCACUGUACGUCCUCCGGGGAACAGUAGAUGAUGUUCCAAAGCUGCAGCCCCACCCGGGCUUGGAGAAAAAAGAGGAGGAGGAAGAUGAAGAGGAGUAUGAGGAAGGCUCCAUCACUAAAAAGCAGACCAAUAAGAACCGGGUCCAGUCAGGCCCCCGCACACCAAACCCCUAUGCCUCGGACAACAGCAGCCUCAUGUUCCCUAUCUUAGUGGCCUUUGGUGUCUUCAUUCCUACCCUCUUCUGCCUGUGCAGAUUGUGAGAGACAAAACAGCAAGGCUGGAAGGGAAAGAGCCAAACCAGACACAGCAGGUGUUUUGGUUUCUCCACGUUUCUCAUAAUUUAAGGAAAAUAAAGGGUUGUUAAGGAGU